CCCGCCUUUGCCCGCUUCCGGUCGUCGUCGUCGCCGCUGCUGCCGCUGCUGCUGCUGCUCAAGCUGCAGGCGGAGGCCGGAGGAUCGGGCGGCGGCGGCGGCGGCGGAUGAGAGGGCGGCGGCGGGAGCGAAGCGGGACGAAGGAGCUCGAGGAAACCUGAGAGGAACGAGCGGAGCGCGCUCAGCCCCGCCUGCUCUCCCGCGCGCCGGAGGAUCCGGAGUAGCCCGGGCCCCCAGCCGCCGCCGCCGCCGCCGCCGCCCGCCCGCCGGACAAAGCCCGAGAGCCUGCGCUCAGAGCCAUGUCCUCGUCCGCCGGCAGCGGCCACCUGCCCAGCCAGAGCCGUGCCAUCCCCACCCGCACGGUUCCCAUCAGCGACGCCGCGCAGCUACCUCACGACUAUUGCACCACGCCUGGGGGGACGCUCUUCUCCACCACACCGGGAGGAACCCGAAUCAUUUACGAUCGGAAGUUCCUGUUGGAUCGGCGCAAUUCUCCCAUGGCUCAGACUCCACCCUGCCACCUGCCCAACAUCCCAGGAGUCACCAGCCCUGGCACCUUAAUCGAAGACUCCAAAGUAGAAGUAAACAAUUUGAACAACUUGAACAAUCAUGAUAGGAAGCAUGCAGUUGGGGAUGAUGCCCAGUUUGAGAUGGACAUCUAACUGUCCUGCAAGGAUCAGAAGAGCAGCAGCAACGCUGAUACCCGUGUAAACCUGAUGCGGCCAAUAGGAUUAACAACGAAAACACAGAAGAGGCAGCACCAGCGGUCCCCAUGGCAGUCUCCACCUCCUCUUCCCCUGGUGCCAAACGAUGCGAAGAUGAGCUUCAUCUGACCAUUUCCUCGCUCUGGUUCCCCUUCCCAGUUAGAUUAGAUGGAAGACCCAUGGCAUGCUUCUGUAGAACUUAGCAGCUCACAAAGGAAAAGAGUUGAAUUCUGGCUUCUCUAAGUCAUUUUUGUGUUGAGAAACACACUGCCCCCCUCUCCCCCCUGAAAAAAAUUGUUUUAAUCCCAAAUCAAAUAUCGACCUACCAGCAAAUGCCAGCAGGGACGUCUGGGUUCAGCGUUGUGUUCUUACCCUGUGUCUCUCCUCCCUGUCUCUAGCCCAUGGUUCAGUGCUACGAGAGUCUGGGCUUAGGGUCUUCAAAACAAGAGGGAAAUAAACAAGAAGAGAGAUACUUUCUCUCUAACCCCAAGGUGAUUGUCCUUGGCCAGCACAGGUUGAGCAACUCUUUGUAGCACUACCCUGUGACUCUGUUCAAAGGUCUGCUUCCCCUCCCUCUCUGUCUUCGGUAUUAUAGUUCAUCUUCCCACUCCUCCUCUUAGCACUUGUGUACAAAAGAUUUUAAGCCCUCUGCGUGAGAAGGGUGUUGUGGAUAACCAGCUGUUCUUUCCUCUGCUUCCAUCAUGUUGCUUGCCGACCUGGUGUGCUCUGAGCAUCCAGGUGAUCUCGCUGCUCCCAGAGCAGGUCCAUGCCAGGUGACAGGUGUUUGGGAUAAGGCCUGAUCGGGUAUCCUGAAGAUGAUACUUAAGAAUGCAUUUGGAAGAGCAUUGACCCAUUUUUGUAGCUAGUCUCAGUGGUCAUUGUUUUUCAACCCAGUGAAUAUUGUAAAUUUUAUCUCAGGUUGCAGUUUUUUCUAUCUUGAGUUUAGAAAAGAACUAACCUUUUUUCCUUUGUGGACCUGCUUUAUUUGGCUGCUGAGAUAGACAAGCAUGGGCUUCAAAAUGUGUUCCUCCCAAUUUUCUUGCCUUUCCCAUUCCGAAUUUUUCCUUUCUUCUCCUCCCUCCCUCCAUCCCUCCCUCCCUCCCUCCUUCCUUUCCUUCCUCUUUCUCUCCCAGGCCAUUUUUCAAAUAUACAUCAAAGAUACCUCACGUGUUGGUAUCUGAUAAUAUCUGUCACUUCUCUUAUCUGAGGAGUGACGUUUUAUUUUUUAAAAUGACUACAGACCUAUUUUUAGAUAUGUUUUCAAUACAGUUUUGAACAGCAACUUUUUAAUCACAUCUUCCAGUGUCAGGAAGGUGAGAACUGUCUGUAGGCGAGUCUGCUGUCCCAUUUCACCAGCCUGCGUCUCCUGCCAGCUCUCUCUUCCCUCUAGUUUCGGGUGUGUGCGUUUGGCAUCCGUAGUGGGUGCUUUGUACAGCUGGACCGUUCUGCCUUGUCUUAGGUUGUACGUGAACACCUCCUCCUUUCCCCUUACCCUGUGCCCUGCCAUUCCUACCACCCCCCACCCCCCCCCCCCCCGCCCCCCCGCCGCCUGACUGUUGACUAGCACAGUAAUCCCAGGAACUGACUCCCUGCUCAGAAAGACUAAUGCCUCUGUCCCCUCAUAGAAAGACAAGUACCUUCUGAUGUCCUGGGAAUUUCUGUUUGGAUUCGAUGCCCUGAACCCUUGUAGUAAGAGAUCACAACUCAGGGUGAGAUAAUAGGCCAAUUGGCUAAGAAAGAAAGCUGUUUUUCUUUUGAACUAUGAAAAGAUUCUGUUUGCAAAUACAUUUUAGACAAGAGAGAGGGUGUCAGGGGGUCUUUGUUCUGUUUUCUGCUAUGAUGUGAAUAGUUCAGAGUAAGACCUUUUGUGAUGGUUGAUGUCUCUCAGGAAUAAGCUGGACCUCCAAAGUUUUGGAGGUGCUUUCAGCCUCAAAAAUUAAUGAUCAGAAAAGUACGUUAUGUUUAUUUGUUUACUGUGUCCCUAUUCUGAUUAUUAUUAAACUCCAAAUUUUGCUUUGCAUUCUCUUGGAAAAUCUCAAAUGGCACUGUAAUUUGCAUGAGAAGCUUGCUCAGGACCUCUUUGUCCCCUGGAAGCAUGAUGCUUUAGGAAUGAAGCUUUUCAUUCAUCCCCUCGCCUUGGCGUCCUGUGGAGUCUGACCCUGCAGCCAGUCGGUCUGUCAGUGAGCCAGAAGAGCACCCUUCCUGAUCUUUACUGUUGUAUGCAAAAACUCAGCUUCCUCACCAGACAGUGGGGAGUGGAAUUAAAACAUUCCAUGACAGCGUGAGUAGGAUUUAGACACCAUUUUUUUCUUUUUUGGCCAUCUUGAGCAAUCUGCACGUGGCCGCCUGAUCAGAAGCUAAGUUUCUAGGACUCUUGGGGGUAUCAGCUGUAUGGUACAGCAGCAGCCCAAUCCCUUCACCUUCUGUGCAAGGACUUACUUAUUCCUCAGUGCACUUCUUUCUGGAGGCCAUUUCUCCCAGAGAUACUUUGACUUCGUAUGUUGGUGUUUUAAAGAUGAUUUUACAAGAUAACAGAUAAAGUUUCAGCAGAUGACACUUUUGGCCAUGCCUCAGAAUUAUUUUCAGGGCAAGCCAGAAUCCAGUAAGUGGUUUACUUCUGGAUGUUUGGAAGGAAACAGAGAUAAAGCUCCCGAUGAAUUGUCUAUCCUGGCUUUUUCUUGGGGAGGAAACCCCCUUAGGGUACCAUUUGAGUGAGAUGGUUCUUAAAAUCUUAGCGAGUGUUUGUAUUUUUCUCUCUAUGAAGAAACCAUGCAUGUUUCUUUAUUUCAGGGGACAGUACAUCUUAAGACAAAUGACAUCUUCCUCCAAAUUCCAGCAGGACACAUGCAUCGUCAUGGUUCUGCCUUCUUUAUAGUGUGGCUUCCUGAGCUCACCACUUCCUCAUUCUGUUUAAAUAGCUACCACAUUCUCAAGGGCACAGUUGUAGGGAAACUGGCUUGUAGGUAUUGGGCUUCCAAGCUUAGAGUUUUGCUUUUCCACCUCUGUUAUCUAUCGCUGUGUAACUACCCCUGAACUUGCAGUCUCACAAGAGCAAAUAUCAUCUAUCCAUUUCUGUGGGUUAGUAAUUCAGAAGCAGCUUGGCAUCGUGGUUCUGGCACAGCAGUCUCAAAGUUGCAGUCAAGCUGUUGGCGGGGACUACAGUCAGUCCCCUUCUAAGUUCUCGGUGUGGUUGUUGGCAGGAUGCCUCAGUUUCUCCCCCUGUGGGUCUCUGCGUAGGGCACUGUGAGUGUCCACACACUGUGGCAGCUGGCUUCCCCUGAGAUCUGGGGGUGGGGGGGACGAGGGAGAAUUUGCAAUGCCUUUUAUUGACAGUCUGAAAGUACGCACCUUUACUUCCUUACUCUAUUCCUUAGAAGCAAGCCACUAAGCCCAGCCUGCACUCAAGGGCAGAAUUAGGCCCCACCUACUGAAUGGAGCAGUAUCAAAGAAUUUGUGGGUACCACUUCAUCCCUAACAGGAUGAAACCAAGCCCAUGGUGGUGGGGGUUAGGUUUAAACUAGAUAUAUUGAGAGAUAUGUUGCUACUGGAAACAGUACUCGAAGAUGUGUGUCCCCAAACUGGGAUGGAAGAUAGACUUUCCUGAAAGCUCCUUGCUGAUUUUGAGAGGAGUGGCUGGAUACGGCAGUUCGCGGAACAUAAUGCCUGUACACUGGCCUAACUGCCAGCAUCCCAUAGAUGCUGCUUUGUAAGUUCUAGCCUUGGCAGCUCUAAGACUCAGUACCACUUACUUGCUAUCCCUCCCGGCCAGGAAUUGACAAAGGGAACUGGAUCCACUAAAGUUGACUUCAUUGUAGCCCAGCAAAGGGUGUGAACCUGAAUUAGAUGUUGAGUUACUGAGUUGAAGAGAAGCCAUACAGAAACUUGUCUUGAGUGGAUUUACAUUCUGCCUCUUCACAGCACUUUCUUAUCUGUAGCCCUGUUUGCUUUAGAGUUCAGGUUCAGGGUGAAAGAGGUGGCAGCAUCUGGACCACAUCUGCCAGAGUUGAUGCUUGACACCCGUUCUUCGGCUGCCCCAGCCGAAACCGUCUUGGGUCAGGUUUCACCCGAGAAACGACUCGUCAGAGUGGGGACACCUGGGAUUAGAAGUGUCUGCGCUUCGUUGUUCCCUUAAGUCCAGUGUGCAGGGCACCUGUGCACCCUCUUAGUCCCGGGCUUCCUGAUGGAUGCGGGUUUUUAGGAAUCCCAGUCCUGUCUUCACCCUUGAGAGAGACUUGGGGGAGGCUCAUCAGGUCGGCACGUUCUCGGUGAGUGUCUGCUGCGUGUCUGUGGCUCCCACACCCAGCCAGGUCUGUGGGGAUGUCGGACGUCUCCAACGUGCAGGUCCUUGCACGGUUUACACUCCGCCUCUCACCAGCACUGUCUUCUCUGUAGCCCUGCUUGCUUUAGAGUAGACUCGAAUAAAAACAUCGCUACUGAGGCAACUAUGAGAAGAAGCUGUUUCUUCCGGAAGUAAGGAACUCAUCUUUAAAGCACCUUCAAAUGAGUCUUGCUUUUCCUCCUGAGUGUGAGGCAGAGUCAACAUAGACGGUGUUUUAUUUUUGCCGCUCGAGUUACCAACUCUUUGGGAUUGUUAGUGCUUCCCUUCCCAGUUCAGACAUUUCCAUUGAAACGCAGCCUGCUAAAUUGUGUAGGUUUCACCCCCAGAGCCCAACACUCAGCCAAUAUGUACUGAGCGCCUGCUUGACUCAAGACCACUAGUGUAAGGGGCUCAUUGUAUCGACAGCAAUAUCGCAGAAACCGCCUUUUUCCCUUCUCCCAUCUUGGAUCCUCAGUGGGGGUAUUGAGCGUUGUGGCUGCUCAAGCCAAGCCCUCGGCCCUUUGCAGUUUCCUUUGAAGAGGAGGCCCAGUGCCUUUAUGUGAGUCAGAGCUUCCCCUCUUGGCAUGUUUCUGGCCUACAUGCAUACAGGCAGCUAUUUAUUAAUCUGCGAAACCCAAUCAGCCGCCCGUGACCUCGGGCAUGGGGCACUAGUUGUUCUAAAGAAGCAUUGUGUCUUUGGGAGGGCAGUUUCUGCCACCGGGCAGGGGACGUGGGGACCACACCUACUACGCCGCCCCUCCAGGUUCUUUACCUCUCAGCUUUUAAUAAAAGAAGAAAUCCUGUUCUGAGGCGUUGGGUCUCAGUUCUUUAGAAUGCCUGUACCCCAGGGGCAUUUUGUGAUCUAGCAGCGACUUUCCAGUUCAGUACUGGAGUUUCCUUGAGGCUAGGCCACAAACAUUUUUUUAUUGAAGACUAAAGAUGAUGGAUGCGUAUUUUUUCAAACAAUCAUUCAUGUCACUUUUCUCACACUCUAGAAUUCUAUUUACAUUUGGGUUAGUCUUGGCAGUUGAGGCUUUUCAAGGCCCUGUUUGGAUGGAUGGUUGGCCGGCGGUUUCUCUCUGCUGAAUCUCUGGGUGCGGCCCUCGCAGACCACACUGUGUGGGUGCCUGAUGGAAAAAUACUCUCCAGACAAAAACAUAUUCUGGGGGUACUUGAACCCUAACCCUGCCGCCUUUCAAUCAGUGAGAGGUGCUGUAAUGCCCAAUAAUCAUUGGGCCACUUUGAAAUUUGCAAAGGGAGCUCUUGUCAGUUCUUAAAACCAGAAUUCCUGGACACUUAAAACUUAAGAGAAUUCUGUGAAUCUAGCACCGAAUAUCCGUUUUUUCCCCACUAUAAUCCUUUCCUUCUUAAUUGUAAAAGGGGCAGGGGGCAAAAACCCAGUCCCGGCCAAGGGUAAUUUUCCCUUGAAACCAGGAGAGUGGGGAGGAACCCUGUGGAGACGAGGGGCGAGUUGUGCAGUGGGCCCGUGCAGUUCCUGCACCUGAGGGUGGGGCCCGUCUCCACUGCGGUGGCGAGACCCUGCUACCCAGGGGUGAACCUUAGAGAAUGUGGCUUGGAGGGUCCAGUUGGACACUCACAUGUUCAGAUGUCCAUUUUAAUCAUCUUUAAAAUAUUUUAUAUGUUAAAAAAAGCCCUUCUUGGUCUUAGCAACACCAGUGGCCCAGUUCCAGCCAUUCUGAAUGGAAAAGUGGAGACUGCCAGUUCUUUCUGCCAUCUUCCCUUCAUCCCAACCCUUCCCAUCCACUUCACUGUCCUGGAUGGAUGGCAGAGGGCACCAUGUAGCCCCGAGGCAGUCCUGUGUAAUUCUGUGACUAGUUGUUUCGGGGUUUUUGUUUGUUUUGUUUUUGCCUAACUGUCCUGAACCAGCGGGUGUUUGGAAAUUAGGGGAAAAAAAUAAAUUCUCACCCAUGGUUGCUGUUACAGUUAAAUCAAUAAAGAUCUUGAAUAUUAA